AUGACGGGAAGACAUGACCACUUUCGGGAGUUCGACUCGACUGGAAAAGGCGGUGCAUCCUACCAAAACCUGAUGAAAGAAUUCGACAACCUAUUUUCUAAAGACACCAAGUUUUUCACAUACCAAAAAUUACGAGAGCUAGCGAGCCUGUACGACACCAAAUUGGUAGCUAGAGGUCACAUGACUAUUGAUAUUGACAAACAUAAUCGGCCUGUUUAUAACAGCCGCACUUUUUUGGAGUCACACGAGUUCAACGGGCCGAUAGUUCAGGUAGAGAAUACUCGCAGUAGAGACCAAGUUGAAAAAAUCAAAAGCAAGGUUGUCCCUGACCGAAAAUUGAACGCCAAUCUUUCAUCUUUCACUCAAGACUCAAGACACUCAUCGGAUAAUGACGUAACCAAUGAUCCCAUAGAACUUUCUAGAAGAAGUGAAACGAAAAAGAGUUCAGGUGUUCCUUCGAUUGGCUCCGGUAAGAAAGUUGACGAUGGACAUAAAAAGUCAAACAGAUCACAACGAAGCUCCUCUAGAAAAAGUUUAGCGGUAGAUGAAAAUGAUUUAAAGUUACUAGAACCCUUAAUGAAUGAUGGAACUGACCUUAUUGAUCCGUUUUUGCAAGAAAAAAUUAGCAAUCAGGAAAAAGACGAGCCAGAAACGGCCGAAGUUCAAAAAACCUCAGCUGGUCCUGACGAAGAAAUAAAAUCGGAAAAUGAACCAGAAACAGCAAAAGAUUCGGAUGUCUCGGAAGAUCAAAUUGAACCUAGCACAAAUAAAUUCAAUGAACUAAAACCAGAAACAAAUUUGGACAAAACUGAACUUAGCCCGGAAUCAGUCAAAGCAUCAAUUGGAUCAGGAACAAAAAGUCAAACCAGUACUGAGGAGGAACCACAGCAAAAAACGGAUGUAGAAAAAAAUAGUAAGAAAUCCAACGAGGAAAAAAGUCCGAGCAUCUUAAAAGACUCAACCAGCAAAAAUGAAAAUAAACUUUUGAAGGCAGAAAACGAAACUGUUGAUCCAAACGAGACAGAAUUUAUCGAGCAAGAAAGCGAAAAGCCACAAGAGCCAGAUGCUUUAAGUGGGACUCAAAGCAAAGCUGACGAGAAGCCGUCUUCAGUCAAAGAUAUCAGUGAUGGCCCAAAAAAUCCAAGCAAAGAUUCAAUUAAGCCGAACUUGAACCGUACGAAGUCUAAAGCAUCGGAAGAUUUGGCAAAUUUAAGUGAGCUUAAAGGUUCGUAUCAGGGAAGUCUUAAGCCUGACUCAUUUUCUCAUAGCAUUACUGGAUCAGAAGCACCAGAUCAAGAAAACAAGGUCAGUGGCUCACUGAGAUCUUCAGAAAUUUCCAACGAUUUGAACGACGAGCAGAAAAAAGGAUCAUCAAUAGGUUACAAGCCCUCAAGUCAGAAGCGCUUAUCAUCUAAACGGUCCAAUGUUCCAACCCAGAAGUCAGUUGCAUCAAUAGGUUCCAAUGUGAACUCUGGAAGUACUGUCGAUACGCAUUACGACGCUGAUGCAGAAAGUGAAGAGUUGCCGGUUCUUGAUUCGUUGGACAAAAUAAAUGCCGCAACUACAAACGACCCAGACGAAAUGAGCGAAUCAAUCGACCAGAGUCGAGAUUUGAAAAGUAGAAAGAUAGCACCGACCAUUACGACAACUAACGAAUCAGACCCAGAAGGAUCGCCAGAUGACUCGAAGAAAGUUACGGAAGUUCAAGAAUUUCUGAGAACUUCAAAGCCAUCUAAGAAGUCUACCAAUAGUAAACCGAGCGAUGUUUUAAGUUCCCCAACUUUUACCGUUCUGUCGGGAAAUGAUGGAUCCAAGUCUAAAAAUAGUAUCGAAAACACACGUAGUAGAAGCUCCUCGAUAAAGAAAAGCCUACUAGGAACUAAAACAAGUGAUUCUCAUUCUGGCUCGACUCAAAAAGCGUCGUUCAGUUUCCCCGGUUCGACUACAGAUGAAAUGCCGAGUGAUUCGCCGAAAGAAUCGGUCGGACCCGAAACCACUCUGAGUCCAGAAGGAGGUCGUUCGAGGUCAUUCAAUUCAAGAACGGACGACAGCGGAACCAGCAAGUCUCCUGAAAAUAAAGCUUCAAAAAAGAGCAAGCGCUCUAAAAAGUCAAAAUCGAAGAAAAAAAAGAAGAACAAAUCAAGGUCACAAUCCUCAAAUGACGAGGACGAAUCGAAAUCAAAGAAGAAGAAGAAUAAGAAAUCUAAGAAACGGAAGCAAGAAGCGACUGAAAAAUCUGAAAACAGUGAUCUCAUAGAUCUAAGUGAUCAUAUAUCUUCCAAAAAUUCGUCGCUUGAAGAAGAAACUUCUGAAGCACCAGAUCUUGGUUCUGCCUCUCAUAAGUCUUUGAGCGCUGAAAACAAAUCAGGUUCUGAAAAGUCGAGUUCAAAAGUGCCAAUCAAAAGCUAUCAUUUGGCUUCCGAAAGCUCUUCGAUGCAACCCCUGGAAGACGUGAAAGAAUCCAAACAGAUUCAAUUAUCAGGUUCGAAAGAAAAAUUAAGUGAGAAUUCUGUUGAGAAUGAUCUUGAUGAAGAUGAUGUAACAAAAGAAUCUGCUUCUGAUGAUGUUACCAAUCCUUUCAUGGAAGCCAUGCAAGCCGAAGAUGAUGUAACUGAAGAGAAAAACGAAUAUGACGAGGCGGUUAAAGAUUCCGACGCCCAAGCAGACGUUAAUAGUGUAGAUGACGUAACAGAUUUGAAUACCGACAAAAACGAUAACGCAACGAACGAUCCAACAGAAGUUUCUAGAUCAAAUCAAACAAAGAAGACUUCAACGAUACCUUCAAUGGGAGCUGGGACUAUCGAAGACGAGGAACCAAAGUUUUCAGCUAAAUCUCAACGAAGUUCGUCUCGGAAAAGCUCGGCUCCGGCCAAAGAUGACAUAACAAAGGAGGAAACUGAAGGAGAAUCGGAAUCGAAACUAAUUGAUUAUGUAACAAACGAGGAAGUAGAUGACGCAGUGGACCCAACAAGUGACGAAGAGCUAAGUAAUGAGCUGACCGACGACCCUACCAAAACAUAUCUUCUCAAUAAUGAUGACGCAAUCGAAGAAAAGGAAUACGAAGAUGACGCAACAACUCGAUUGUCCGAAAGGGACGCCACUGACAGUGGAAACAACCAAGUUUUUGACGAAGCGAGAAGUGACCAAUCAGCAAGCAUUGAAACAAAUAAGGAAUCCUUAGAUGAUGCAACGCAUGACGUUGAAGGGGACAAAAAACCGACUGACCUGUCGGGUUCGGUUGAAGAGAAAAAAGACGAUCCAGAAUCGACUAAAAGUUCGAAAGGCAGCAGUGCUUUCGUAACUCAGAUUCGCUUCUCGGAUGAAGAAGAACCGAAGAAUGCGGUCAAUGUUCCAAUUGACCCUUCUGAUUUGCAGAAAAAGUGGCUUGACACUGCGACUAAACAGAGCGAAGUAUCGAACUCAACAUACCCUUCAGUCGUUCAAGAUGGCUCUUCAAAAGCGAUGGGGUACCCUUUGGGUGAGUGGUCUGUGACUCGAAUCCCGAAAAGGGGUUUUCGCGCGCUACCCAUUCCACGAAAUCCGCGAAUGACGAAAGACCUCAGUGUAGUU